AUGUCUCCUGUAUUCAACGACAAGUUCGAUAUGUUGAUGAAUAUCAAGCGGCAGGAGACUACGGCCACCGUGUCAACUGACUCCUCAACAACAUUGACGAUCUCGACGCCCACUUCUGCAACGAUCUCCACCCCGACUACGACCUCGACGCCCUCAUCUACGCCUACCACUUCUGUAUUGACGCCUUCAGGACCUAAUUCAAAUACAAGCACUGCUCUGCCCACUUCGACUGCAGUCCCGACUUUAACUCCAACUGUUACUCCAACCCUUCCUACUCCCACUCCAACCCCUACCCCUACUCCAACCCCCACUCCUACUCCUACUCCUACUCCGACUCCUACCCCCACACCUACACCUACCCCUACACAGACACCGCCGACAACUUCGCAGGUUCCGACGACCACGAGUGUAAUCGUCUCGACAUCUUCCUCUCCUUCCACAUCGUCGGUCCCGCCAACGACAUCUUCGGCGCCAGUCACCACUUCGUCUCCGGUCUUGAGCACUUCCGAUCCCUUGACAUCGACUACUAGCUCGGCAAUCCCGGUCAGCACAACAACCGUACUUGCGCCUACAACCGCUCCAUCCACUUCGGCCGCCCCAGUGCCAACUACCAAUGUCACUCCCACAACAACAACCCGGCCGACGACUACUUCGGCGCCGCCUUCAAGUGUUUCCUCGCGCACCACAGUCUUCGUGUCUACAAGUGGAGAUCAACUCGUUACUGUUACAGCGGUUGUCGGGCCAAGCGGAACCGUAGCCGCUGCGGCUCCCAAGAAAGGGUUCUUCGAUAAUACCGGCGCUGUCGUUGGUGUUUUCGUGGUCGUCGGCGUAGUGGCCAUGAUCCUUCUCGUCUUGAUCGCCACCGUCUUCAUCCGCCGCCGAAAGGCCAAACAGUUCGACCUCGACGUCCAAGAAGCCGCUCGUGAGGCUGCCAGAGUACAAGCUCCCAUCGACGAUGAUGACGACUACAACACCAGCUAUAAUACUCACACAAGCAAACCUUUGAGCGCCGAGCGUGGAUAUGGCUAUGGAUCGACUGCUCCUACCAGUUGGGAUCAGUAUCCCCGAGGCACAGCUGCUGGGGGAUAUGAAAUGCAACAUCGUCGGACGAGCACAGGCACUGCUCCUGGUGUGGCUGGGUUCGGUGCUGGUGAAGGAUUUGCUCGGUCGGUUGGAGUCGAUCAACAACAAGGAUACGGACAACAACAGGGUUAUAACCAAGGCUACAACCAGUCAUAUGGACAAGCUUACAGCCAACAGGGAUAUCCCCAGGAUAGUUAUAACACAGGCUACGGACAAGGAUAUGGCGCGAACCAGCAGGGUUACAACAACGCAAGUUAUAAUAAUACAUCACCACCACGGAGCUAUGCUCUGGCCCAGGAACAACCAGCACAGGGUGGUCGUGCCCCCGUGCACGCGCAAAUGAUGAUGCCUGAGGCUACGCGACACAGUUACAACAGCGUUGGAGCGUUUAGGCAGAGUCCUUCGUACGGGGAGGCUCAUCCAGGUGAACAAGUUCAAUACGCGCAUGCGGAGCUGGAGUCUUCAGGGCAAGAUGGUCGGUACCCUGUCGCCCCCAGGAUCUCCGAAGACGCCUACGGCGGAUAUUUGCCGUAUGACGAGCCGGGGCCAAGCACGAGCCAAGCCCAGUCACAUUCAACCAACCCCCCUGCUUAUGUUGCUGGGCCAAGCAACGCAGGUGCCAUAGGGGAUCAAAAAGUUGGAAGAGCCCCCAGUGGAAGAAGCCAUGAGACGAGGUACUCCCAGGAGGAUGACGAAAGUGAUGAUGAACCGACGAGGAGGGUUCUCAAGGUUAGUUUCAAAUUCACUCCGGAUCUCAACCAGCAUUGA